GGCAGCAGCAGCCCCAGGGACGCGCGGGACCCAGCGGCUCUGAGCGCACGGGGGACAGCUGGUGCUGGCCGCGGCGUACCACUGCUUGGGCGCACAAAGGUAAAGGCGGCCUCAGCCCUUGUGGCCUGCCUCGUCCCGGCGUUGCGGUCCUCUUCCUCCUUCCUCUCCCGAAGGCGAUAAUGGAUGGGCCGGAUGAGGACCUGGGAAAGAAGUGGUGGUAGCUCAGCCGGUCCCCACCCUUCCUGCUGAUAGAGGUAGUCAGCUGUCCUUGGAUGAGGUGGUCCAGGCUGCUUCCUGGCGAAUCCUCAGCUGGGUCGCCGCCACGGGCUCUUUCUCUGCUUGCUCCAUCCCUCUGAGAGGAGUUGAUGCUGGCAUCACCCCCGCCACCACCACCACCUCCGCGGAAGCCAGUGCUGAUGGAUGCUGGGGAGUGCCGCAUUGCUUAGCGUCCCCGCCUCCGGGUUUGCUGGCACAUCCUUCAGAAGGGACCGCAGCAGCAGCACGGUGCCGGGGCUGAGAUGUGCGUGGGGGUUGUUUUCCUUACAUCGUACAAGACAAGAGAAGAAGACAGACUCAAGACCCGGAGCGCCCAUGCUAAGUGGAAUUAGGGGUUCUUUUUUUCUUUUAUUUUCCCCCUUUCUUUUUAUUCAGAGAGAUAAAGGACAAGAGGCAGGCUGGCAGGGCCUGCCCAGCGGCCCACUUCUAAUGGGAGGCAUUGUUUUUUAGGGGGGGCUGGGGUUAGAAGUUUAAGUACUCUCCAGAAAAGCUUUUGUGUGUGUGUGUAUGGGGGGAAACAGGAGCAACAGGGUACUUGUCUGAACACGAAGAGAAACCAUUUCCUGUACAGGAAAGGAAGCAGACAGUAGCUAGAACUGGGGGCUGGAGUGUGGUGUGGAGGUGGCAAAGGCCAGGUGCAUUGUUGGACACACAAGGAGAGCUUCAGAGAGGACAGCUUGGGAGCAGGGGAACAAUGACUCAUUUGCAAGCUGGUCUCUCUCCUGAGACCCUGGAGAAAGCUCGCCUGGAACUCAAUGAGAACCCAGACACUCUGCACCAGGACAUCCAGGAGGUGAGGGACAUGGUCAUCACUAGGCCAGACAUUGGCUUUCUGCGCACGGAUGACGCUUUCAUCUUACGCUUCUUGCGGGCCCGGAAGUUUCAUCACUUCGAGGCUUUCCGCCUUUUGGCCCAGUACUUUGAGUAUCGGCAGCAGAAUCUGGAUAUGUUCAAAAGCUUCAAGGCUACCGACCCUGGCAUCAAGCAGGCACUCAAGGAUGGCUUUCCUGGAGGCCUGGCCAAUCUGGACCAUUAUGGGAGGAAAAUUCUAGUCCUGUUUGCUGCCAACUGGGACCAGAGCAGGUACACACUGGUGGAUAUUUUGCGUGCCAUCUUACUUUCUUUAGAAGCCAUGAUUGAAGAUCCCGAGCUGCAGGUAAAUGGAUUUGUUUUGAUCAUAGACUGGAGUAACUUUACCUUCAAGCAAGCCUCCAAGCUCACACCCAGCAUGCUGCGACUUGCCAUCGAAGGCCUUCAGGACAGCUUCCCCGCAAGAUUUGGAGGAAUUCAUUUCGUCAACCAACCUUGGUAUAUCCAUGCCCUGUACACUGUGAUCCGGCCUUUCCUGAAGGAGAAGACUCGGAAAAGGAUAUUCUUGCACGGUAACAACCUGAACAGUCUACACCAACUCAUCCAUCCUGAGAUCCUGCCUUCUGAGUUUGGAGGAAUGUUGCCCCCAUAUGACAUGGGGACGUGGGCCCGAACCCUGCUAGACCAUGAGUAUGAUGAUGAUAGCGAGUACAACGUGGACUCCUACAGCAUGCCUGUGAAGGAAGUAGAGAAGGAGCUCUCCCCCAAAUCAAUGAAGAGAUCACAAUCAGUGGUGGACCCCACAGCCCUGAAGCGCAUGGAUAAAAGCGAAGAGGAAAACAGGCAGCCUUUACUUUCUCUGGACUAAGAACUUCCCCACUUCUACCCCACGGAUUAGAAAUGGGCGGUAUUGGCUUUCAGCAACAGGGACAGCACUGUGGCAUCUACCUGCUGGAAAACCUUAUUCAUGUUAAUGUAGCAUAAUGCAUAAGGCAUCUGGCUUCCACAUUUGCCUAAACCAUGGGUGCCCCGGGCUAGAUUUUAAAAAGUCAAUAACUUAUUCUGUAAGUGCCAAGUUCUUUGUAAAUACAAUAUAGUCUUCACAUCCAGUUUGUAAAUUUUGGUAGUAAAGUAAUUUGAGAAAGAUUGACUCACAAGUUUGAGCCAGUGAAAUGGACUAUAAGAAGAAGCGUAAAGACACACACACUAUGAAAUUUAAUUAAAUGUAUCCCUGUUUCCUAUGAA